UUUAAAUGAAGCAAAUAAUAAUUUUGUAUCAAACAACCAAGAAAAUGAAAGCUUGGGUUUAAAUCAAAUUGAAAGUAAAAAUAGUAGCAGCUCAAAUAUUGAAAGUGAAAAUAGUAGUAGCUCAAAUCAAAAGAAUGAAAAUUUAAAUUUUAUAAAUGAUGGUUAUUCAACAAGAAGUUUUCAAAAUAAUUAUCCUAUAAGUACUUUUAUAAAGGCGCAAUAUAUUACAGGAAACAAGAUCUUUGAUUUUUGGUAUAAUGUAAUUUCUUUGGAACAUUAUCUUAUAUUUAUUAAAUUAACACAAAAAAAUUUCGAAAAUUAUAUUCAAUAUCAAAUAUCCGAUAAUUAUUGUAUUGAAACUAAAAUCUAUAAAAUAAAAAUUCAUUGUGAAACAAAAUAUCAGUUGAAUAGUAAAGUAAAAUUUACAAUUGUUUGGAAAGAAAAUAGAGCAGAAUAUAGUAUUUAUAGUGAUCGUUCUGUAACUAAUAUUGUUAAUAUAUUUUUAAAGAUUUAUCAAUAUCUCAUAUCAAUAAAAAAAAGACUAUUAGCAACAAUUCAAAUAAUUUCAGGACAAAAUAAAAGAUUUGCAUCUUUAGGUAGGGAAUCUGAAAAGAUUAUUAAAUCUUUAAUUGAAAAAAAUCAAAUGACUAUUAAAAAAAAUCAACCAAUUGUUAGUUUACAAAAAAUAGAACGAUUAGCAGCAGUAAAAUCUUAUUUUACAAGAGAAUAUUCAAUAGCAAAUCGUAAAGUUGAAAUAACAAACCUUAUUAAUGAAAAAAUUAGAAUUAAUACUUUUAACAUUGAUAAAAAUGAAGAAGAUUUAUAUGAAAAUUUAAAUAAUUUGAAAGAAAAUAAUGAAAAUAUUGAUAAUAUUAUAGUUGAUGAAAUAGAAAUUAGAAAUGGAGUAUACAGAUCAACUCAUACUUUAUUACAAAAUUUAAUUAAAAUAUGGAAACAAUCUUCUUUUAUUAAUCUCGGUGAUAUUCUUAAACUUAAAUUGGAUGGUGAUAGUCGUAACGUUGGAUAA